CGCCCGCCGUGGAGCCCCCCUCCCAGCUCCUCCACGACGCCACGCUCUGCCAGAACCUGCGCCGCAGCCUCACCGCCAUGACCACCGGCAUGCUGCCGGAGUCGAAGGGUGUCCCGGUAGCCAACAUCUUCCCAUUGCAACCGCUGGCAUUGGGUCAACCCAACACGCUGGUGUGCAUGGUGGAGAACAUCUUCCCGCCGGCGGUGGAGAUCAGUUGGCAGCUGAACGAGAUGCCCGUCACCGAAGGGGUCACCCAGACCCACUACACCCCCACAGCCGACCUGGCCUUCGUCCGCUUCUCCUACCUGCUGACGGAGCCCGCCGAGGGUGACCGCUACGCCUGCAUCAUCACCCGUGAAGGGGACAACUCCUCUGUCAUCACCUACUGGGUGCCCCAAACCCGCGCCCCCUCUGAGGUGCUGAGACGGCGCUCCCACACCGUCGCCGGCCAGGUGGCCUCUGUCCUCAACAACGGCACGGCCUGGGCGCAGCGCGCCGAAGCUCGGCGCCAGGCUUGCCGUGACCUGGGCCCCCGCUUCUGGGCCUCCACGGCACUGCGGCGGACACCACCCCAAGUCCGCAUCGUCCCUGUCCCCCUCCCCAAUGCCCCUGACGCCGUCCUCCUCACCUGCCACAUCUGGGGCUUCUACCCCCCUGAGGUGACCGUCCUCUGGCUGCACAACGGGGACAUGGUGGCCACCGGGGACACCGCCAAGGUCCUGCCCAACGGUGACUGGACCUACCAGACGCAGGUGACCCUGAUGGUCACUGCCAAGGCUGGGGACACCUUCACGUGCUCGGUGCACCAUGCCAGCCUGGACCUGCCCCUCCAGGAGCACUGGGGUCCUGGCUUGUCCCCGGGGUUGACGGUGAAGGUGGCGGUGGCAGCAGGGCUGGUGACCCUGGGGCUGGUGGUCUUCGCUGCUGGCACCUUCAGCUACUGCCGCCAGGCUCCGGGUGAGGGACACAUGUGGGGACACACGUGUGUGGCAAUUGGGGGACGCUCUGGGGGGCACAGCACCCACCUGAAUCAGGGGUGUCCCUAA